AUGUCUUCCAGUGAAAACUCAUCACUUUCAUCAGAUUCAAGUUCUGAUGAUUCAAAUACCAUUGCACUCAAUCAAUGGGAAGAACGAGUUUCUCAACAAAAUCAUCAAAUUUAUACAAUUGUUGAGAAUAUGUUAUCUAACAUUCCCAAUCUAACUGCAGGGGUCCAAGCUUCUAGAGUAAGAAAAAGGUAUUGUGAAAGGCAACGCGAGAUUGGUGCUGAGCGUUUGAUCAAUGACUAUUUUGGUCCCAACCCGACGUACGGACCAGAGGUGUUCCGACGCCGAUUUCGCAUGCACAAAUCCGUAUUCCUUCGGAUAGUAGAAGCUGUGACUGCUAACGAUGAGUAUUUUCAGGAGAGACGCGAUGCUACUGGGAGACAAAGUUUGUCCUCUUUACAGAAGUGUACAGGAGCUAUGCGGGUGUUGGCGUAUGGGACAUCAUCCGAUGUCGUCGAUGAAUAUUUGCGGAUGAGUUCAACGGCGACAAGAGAUUCUCUAAUGCAUUUUGUUGAUGGUGUUAUUUCAUGUUUUGGUGCCACAUAUCUUAGAAGACCUAAUGAACAAGAUAUGGCCAAACUUCUAUAUGUAGCAGAUCAACGUGGUUUCCCAGGCAUGAUAGGGAGUAUAGACUGCAUGCAUUGGCAUGGAAAACCAACGAUCAUUUUGGAAGUUGUGGCAUCAUACGACUUAUGGAUAUGGCAUGCAUUCUUUGGGACUCCAGGUUCGUGCAAUGAUAUUAAUGUACUCCAUCGGUCUCCUGUUUUUGAUGAUGUCUUAGAAGGUCGAGCACCAUAUGUUAAUUAUGUAGUGAAUGGUCAUCAAUAUAAUAGGGCAUACUAUCUUACUGAUGGCAUAUAUCCUGCAUGGGCUACAUUUGUCAAAUCAAUCACUUCUCCACAAACUCAAAAGCAUAAGUUGUUUGCUCAACACCAAGAGUCCAUUAGAAAAGAUGUUGAGCGAGCAUUUGGAGUCCUACAAGCACGUUUCGCAUUUUUGCGACGGCCGUGUCUUGUAUGGGAUAAGAUUUUGAUGGGAAAAAUUAUGAUGGCUUGUAUCAUCAUGCAUAAUAUGAUAGUAGAAGAUGAACGUGAUACAUAUCAAAAUUAUUAUGAUGCCACUGAGUUUAUUGAAGAUACGCAUACAAGAGUACAUGAAGAAAAUGUUGAAGCCUUUUGCUAUUCCACUCAACGGAUCGGGAGCUUGUCAUCAUAUAUGACUAAUCGAGCUCAACUCCGCAAUAGAGAAGCUCAUAUUGCUCUUCGAGAAGAUUUGAUUGAGCACAUUUGGAAUAAAUUUGGCACAAACAAUUAA